GACAGGGAGGCCUGGCGUGCUGCAAUUCAUGGAGUUGCAGAGUCGGACACAACUGAGCAACUGAACUGGACUGAACUGAACUGAAGAUUAUUUUGUUCAUAUAUAAUUAUGUUUGGCUACUGAAUAGUCUGUGUUUUCCUGGAACUUAUCCCAGUAUGUUACUCUCCAAGCAGAAAAGGACUUAUUUAAAGGAAUCUCCUUCUGAAUAAUUUUUGUUGGUUGAUACUGAGAGCAUUACUUUAGGCCUGUCAAGACUUUUUUAAAAAUUCAUAUAUUAAGCCUUAAAACUUAAAGCUUGUAGAUUUCUAUCAUUAUUUUUAUUACAUGUGUCUUUUUAAAAGUUGGAUAGAUCUUAUAGUAUUAUAAGUUAAAGAAAAAAAUGUGUAAUUAUUUUAAAUAAUUUAAGCUUUCAUAUUUAUUUAAAUUAAAAUCAGGUAAAUCUCAUCAAGAUUUUUAGCAGCAGCUGAGUGGACUAUAUUUGUAGUUCUAUUUUUGUAAUUUUUGCUACUUAAGAUAGCAUUCAUCUGUGUCCUGUAAUAAUGUCACACUUUUUGUACUGUGAAAAUAUUGAAGGAUCUGUUUCAGGAAUAGAAUUUCAGUGGUCCCUAUAAUAAAUAAUAUAUGAGUUGUUUUGUAUAUAUAUUUUAGAGGUCUUUAGAAAAACAUUUGAUUUAAAAAUUGUUUUGAACUGUAAGUGGUGAAGAAAUGGCUAUAGUCCCAUUUUCAGAAGUGUAGAAUUCACAUGCAACAUUGUUACCUGAAAGAAUCAGGAUUUUGUUUACGACCUUUAAAGACAUUUAAAAAUCUACCACUGACCUCAUGUAAAAGCUAGUACAAAUUUGAAAGAAAAAGAUAUGAAAAUCCAUAUCAGAAUGAAAUAAGGUGUGCUGAAUGUUUGGAUUGAACUGGUGCAAACUGAUCCAGUCCUCCAAGUCAACCCUCCACCUUCUAAAAGGACUUCCCAGGUGGUGCUAGUGGUAAAGAACCCCCUUGCCAUUGCAGGAGAUGUAAGAGAACUGGGUUCAAUCCCUGGGUUGGGAAGAUCCCCUGGAAGAGGGCAUAGCAGCCCCCUCCAGUAUUCUUGCCUGGAAAAUCCCAUGGAGAGAGGAGCCUGGCAGGCUACAGUCCAUAGGGUCAUGAAGAGUCGGACAUGACUGAAGCGACUUAGCAUUGCACACACUCUAAAAUACUAGACUGCAAAUAUUUGCACCUUUUAUUUUUCUUUGCUUAAAGUGGAUUUUUCUUCUGUUCCCACCCUUUUGCCCACUUCCCCUUUUUCUGAGGGAGAGUGUGCAUGUGACAUGCACACGUGUAGUGCAAGUGUGCAGUAGGUGUACUUGGCAGAGGGUGGGUGGGGGGAAUAGAUUUUCUUUGCCAAAGAUACGAGCACAAAAAUGAUUCUCUGUCAUCACAGUGAAGGAAAUAGCUUUACGCUUGGGAACCUUCAUUGCCGGGUGGCUUCUCCUGUGCAGUUGAUUCAAGACCAUUGCCGCCAUUUUAGCCUGGUGCUUUGCUGUUUGGAUGGGCUAUGCUGUCCAAAUAUGAAGGCUAGUAUAAGUGGGGUAGGGAGGGAGAUCUCGGGAAUCCCAUCAUCACCAGUGUCCUUACGGUGAACAGUGAUGCUUGUGGGCCCUUGUUGGAUAAUAACAACCUAGAAAGAAUUAUGGUUUCACUACUAUUUUUCAAGAUUUAAUUGGUCCUAAUGAUUGCUAUGCAUGGAUUUUUUUUUUCUCUAUACACUUUGAGUAAGUUCUUGGCUUCAUGAUUUUAUUUUAAGCUUCUCUUCUCUCCUAGGUAGCUUGAGAUCUUUACCUACGUGUAAGGAUUUUUUUCAUCCAUUUCCCUCCCUCUCUUUACUGUAAACCCUGCCUCGUGCUGCUGUUGCUGCUGCUUCUUCCUCUUCUUCUUCUUCUUUUAAACAUACUAUUCUUUCUGUUUGGUUGUAAAGCUCCAAGAAAUGAAUAAUCCUAAUUGGAGGAAAUGUUCACUGGAUCAGUUCCUGCUGCCUUUUCCCUCCCCAGAACACAACAGAUUGCUACUGAAUUUUGAAUGUCACUAACAGACAGAUGAUAAUGGCUUAAGAUGGAUAAUGAAAUGUUUGAAACACAGAUGGGCCUGUAAAUCAUUUUUUUCUUUUUCUUAGGACUUCCUUCUGACAUAAAAAUUAAUGUAAUUAAUGCUGUUUUAUACAGAUAUCCCUCCUAAAUGAUACCUCUGUAGCCCUUUUGUUGAGCUGCUACAUUCAUCUGUCUUUGAGAAAGACUGUCACUGCUAGAUGGAUGCUCUGCUCUGUACAGUCACUGGAUGGCUUCGGGAGCCACUGGCCAAGAUGAUGAUGGUGGUCACUCAGCAUACACCCCAGACCACUACUCUACACUCGGAAGGCUCGACAGCUAUCGAUCUACGGGACAGCGCUCAGAAACCAGGGAUUCCAGCUGUCAGACUGAGGAAGUGAAGGUCGUACCACCUUCAAUGAGAAGAAUCAGAGCCCAGAAGGGGCAAGGCAUUGCUGCUCAGAUGAGUCACUUCUCAGGCUCCUCUGGGAACAUGUCAGUGCUGAGCGACUCUGCCGGGGUCGUGUUCCCUUCCCGCCUCAACAGCGACACCGGUUUUCACAGCCUUCCCCGGUCUGGAGCAAGGGCAAAUGUUCAGUCCCUGGAGCCACUGCUGGGCGCCCUGGGCCCUGCGGAAGACCUGGGCGGCGCUUUCCCCUACCAGCAGGGUCACCCACAAGUAGAUGAAGACUUUGGGCAUCUAGGAACUGCCCCGAGGAUGGGAACACUGUUGAGGCCCAAAUCUCAGGAGCUGAGGCACUUCGAGGGUGAAAACGUAACCAGCCCUGCGUGUGUGGUGUCUCCUCACACGAGCUACUCCACCAGCAUCAUCCCAAAUGCCACGCUCUCCUCCUCUUCAGAGAUCAUUGUGAUUCACACUGCUCAGAGCUCAGGGCAGCUGGACAGUAAAAUUACCAGCUCAUCUUCAUACUCAAAGGUCAGAUCCAGAGACCACCUCCUUUCCAGGCAGAAAGAUGGUCAUCAUUCGUCCAGUGCAACCACACUGCUGUCCCUCUGUGACUCCGAAGUCUCUCUAAAUACACCAGCAAAUCGGGAGAAUGGGUCCCAGGCCAUGGCCUAUAACUGUAGAAAUAACCUUAGCAUCCCAGCCCACCCCCAGGAUGUGGACAACAAGAGUGAGUCCAGUUAUUCAAGCAGCCGGGGCCAGGGUGGUAGCGUGGAGCCCUGGGAAUAUGGUGCCUCAGGUAGUGGGCGGGCAUCCCCACUGAAGCCACAUUUGGCAGCUCCUGGUUACUCCACUCCUGCAAGCAACACGAGCAGCUGCAGUUUGGACCAGACCUCUAACAAGGAUGAUACCAGGUCUGUGUAUUCAGAGGACCACGAUGGCUACUCCCCUACUCUGCACCCCGACUCUGGACACAGACCUGGGGACCUGUGCAAUAGUAAUGAUGGCUUUGGGAACCCUAGGCACAGCGUGGUCAAUGUUUUUGAUGGAAGAGCUCAGAGACACCAAGGGGACCGGUCCAAUUGCCAAGACAAAUCCCUCGCGCGAAGCAUUUCUUUGAAGAAAGCCAAGAAGCCUCCCCUGCCACCCUCUCGGACGGACUCUCUGCGCAGGGUUCCCAAGAAGAACGUUCAGUCGAACGGGCAGGUGCUGAACGAGAGCCUGAUCGCCUCUCUCCAGCACUCGCUGCAGCUGAACCUCCCGGGCAAGGGCGGCAGCUCGCCCUCCCAGAGCCCCUGCAGUGAUUUCGAAGAACCGUGGCUGCCUCGCUCCCGCAGCCAGAGCACUGUGAGCGCCGGCAGCAGCCUAACCUCCGCCACGGCCCCCAACGUCUACUCCGUGUGCGGGCUCACGCCGGCACAGAGCGACACGAGCAGCGUCAAGUCCGAGUACACAGACCCGUGGGGUUACUACAUUGACUACACGGGAGUGCAGGAAGAUCAGGGGAACACAGGCAGGGCCGGUCCGGCCGGCAGCACAGCAUCACCUGGAAGUGGGCCGGGCCGCCAUCUCCUGGAGGGGUCCCGGGCUGCAGUACCCCCAGUGCCCGGUGGCGCCGUCAAACCAAAGAUCACAUCGCCGGAGAAGUCGCACAGAGUCACUUCUCCAUCCAGUGGGUAUUCCAGUCAGUCGAACACGCCCACCGCUCUCACCCCUGUGCCUGUGUUCUUAAAAUCAAUGUCACCAGCCAAUGGGAAGGGGAAGCCCAAACCCAAGGUGCCAGAAAGGAAGUCGUCUCUUGUAUCUUCAGUAUCCGUCUCUUCCUCCUCCACGUCUCUUUCCUCGAAUACUUCCACUGAAGGAAGCGGGACGGUGAAGAAGCUGGAUUCAGUGCUGGUGUCUCCGCUCGCGGCUGGUCCUCACGCUUAUCCUCCAGCCCCUUGUCCCGCUGACAAGUCUCCUUUCCUCCCUCCCCCGCCGCCUCUGGCAGAUUUCUCCGAGGGCUCACCUCUGCCUCGCUCUCCCCCCUUCCCCCCUCCGCCACCAGAAGUGCUCACUCCCUUCUGUGCCCCUACCGACGCCUGCUUUCCUCCGCCCCCUACAGCGCUGAGCGCCCCUUUUCUGGAUUCAUCUGACUCCCUGCCACCUCCGCCACCUGCCUUAACCCCCUCAGUGCCCCCGCCUGCCCCACCGCUUGACCCCAAAUUGAUGAAAGAUGCCAGGCCUUCUUUCAAGAAACCUGGCCAGCCAGAGCCCUCCCGGGAGGCCUGCAGACAGUCUUCCAUCAAGGAGGAGGGCAGCAGACUCCCCAGGCCCCUGAUCACCACCGAAGCGUUGCAAAUGGUGCAGUUGAGGCCGGUGAAGAAGAACUCAGGAACCGAGGUAGCCCCCUCACAGGAACACGCAUCUCAGGAAAAACGAACUCCGGUUGUUUCCCAGUAUCAUUUAAAGCCAUCUGCUUUCCUGAAAUCCCGAAAUAGCAUACAUGAAAUGGAGAGUGAAAGCCAGCCUGCCUCCGCGAGGAGCUCGCUCCCGACUCCUGCCAAGAGCUCGACUCAGGGUCACCAGGACAGUGCAGCCGAGCAUGGCCUCAGGAGCCACAGCCCGGCCGGGGAGGCGGAGGCCGGAGCAGGUACCACCCCGCCCCUCGGCCCGUCGCCCAGCAGGAAGCCGCCCCCCAUUUCCAAGAAGCCCAAACUAUUCCUCGUGGUGUCACCUCCGCAGAGGGAUUUCACGGCGGAGCCCGCAGAGAACGUGAGCGUGGCAUCUCCCAGCCCCACGAGCGGAGAGGCACGAGAGAGGGGUGCAGCAGGGGCUGGUUCUGAUGACACCGACUUUGGCAGCUCGGUGGUUCUUGUGGGAGGAGCUGCAGGAUCCGAGUCCCCGGGCAGAGUGGAAGCCAAUGUCCCCAUGGUGCCAGCCCCUGCGGAGGAGCCGGGUGCCAGGAACGGUGUGGAGCGCUGCCUGCCUCCGCAGGACCCAGGGCCUGGGGUGCCGGAGGCUGAGACAGCCACUUCUUCCUCAGAGACCUGUGACUUCCUUAAGGACGACGGGGGUGAUGAGGUGAUGACCCCCAGUAGACCCAGGACCACAGAAGACCUUUUUGCAGCUAUUCACAGGUCUAAGAGGAAAGUCCUUGGCCGUAAAGAUUCAGAGGAUGAUCACUCCCGAAACCAUUCUCCCUCCCCACCAGUGACACCUACUGGUGCCGCCCCCAGCCUGGCCUCCCAGAAGCAAGUGGGGUCCAUUCAGAGAAGCGUCCGGAAGAGCAGCACCAGCAGUGACAACUUCAAAGCUCUGCUGCUGAAAAAGGGGAGUCGCUCGGAUACCAGCGCCCGCAUGUCAGCAGCAGAGAUGCUCAAAAACACAGACCCUAGAUUCCAGAGGUCAAGGUCGGAGCCAUCGCCAGACACGCCCGAGAGCCCAUCAAACUGCUCCCCGAGCAAGAACAGGAGGGCGCAGGAGGAGUGGGCCAAGACCGAAGGCUUGAUGCCUCGGAGUCUGUCCUUCUCCGGCCCCAGGUACGGCCGCAGUCGAACGCCGCCUUCUGCCGCCAGCAGCAGGUACAGCGUGCGGAACCGGAUCCAGAGCAGCCCCAUGACCGUCAUCUCGGAGGGCGAAGGGGAAGCCACGGAGCCCAUAGACAGCACGGCUCUUCGGGCCCCGGGUGCUACAAGGGGGUGUUCGCUGGAUGGACUGGCAGGGGGUGGUGUGGAUGAGGGCGGCCUGCUCUGUGCCGGGGGACCCGCUGCCCCGCUGGGGGCCCAGGCUCCUGGUCCGGCAGUGGGGCUGCCCAGCGCAGAGGGCAGGGGCCCUUCAGAACCUCGAGGCGGUCUCGCCGGGGAUAAGAGUUAGGGGCAAGAAGCUCCCAGGUGAUGUGGGGAGAUGUGCAGCACAUGGCUGUAGGAAGCCUGACAGGUCCCCUGCCCUGCCUUGUCCCGUGAUCCCGCUCAGCAUCUGUGCUGUGGGCCCGGGCACUGCCAGCCUCGCCGCGGAGGGGAAGGGCUAUUGAGGACUCACGUGGCACUUGCCCUGUGGCUUAAACGCAAGUAGAAGCUUAACUUCUGAAAGUGCUUCCUGGGGAAGAUUUUUUUUUUUUUUUUCUAAAUGCUGGGUGUGUGUGGAAGGAUGUGCAUGUGUGUGUGCAUUCAGAACACUUUUUACAUUAAACACACACACACACACCACCACCACCACCACCACCACCAGCAUGUACAGAAAUAGGAGAGAGCUGUUAAGCUAGGUAGAGUAAUGGAGCCUUCUGGGCUAGGUGGUAAUUGCUUUAAAAGUAUCAUGUUUAUGGAAAUUAGUUCCAGGGAGAGAACCAUUACUUCUAGGAAAGAGGGGGUAGGUUUGCUGGUUCUGAGCACAUGGGGGUAUGGGCUUUCCAGGCGAGCGGGUUGUGGUUACCCCCGAAAGUUGGAAAAGGGCUAAGCGACUAAUUGGUUCAGGUACUUCCUUUUUUGUAAAAACGACAGACGUGUGGACAUGGCAGUGCUGUAACUCAGGGUCUGCUGCUGUGCAGCGGAGACACCACUCCUAGCCUGGUUGGAAGGAAUGUGGGUCAUUUUCAAAUGCCUUGCCUCCCUGAGUAGCAGCUGAGACCUCCUUGGAGAACAGGAAUGACAGGGGCCCAUGCAGAGAGGGUAAUGGAGAUGAGAGUAGGGGAGAGGAAUAAGUGAUACACUGCUGGAAUUUGGUUCCUGCUUAUUCAAUAAAAUUAUUUUUCAGAAUUAAACUUUAAAACUUGCACUACAGAACUGUGGGUGGAGCCUUUCCUUUUACAACUGUUUUCUUUUCUUUGUUUUUUUUUUACACCAGAGUUUAAACUUCCAUUUGGUAAUUUCUUAUCACUUGAAAUGUCAACAUUUGCUAACUUUUGGUUACACCAAAGAAAAAGUUAAUGCUAUUUUUCCUUGAACUGCCUGCAGUAUCAUGUCCUCACUUAGAAAGGUUUAUCAAAAUCUAUUAUAUACUAUCUUACUUGGAAGAAAAUGCUGACUAGCUCUUUUUGGUCAAAUAAACUGAUAAGCAUUGGCAGGGCUUGGCUCCUAAUUAGCCCCGAGCAAUGAGUUUUUAGAUUAAAAAGAUUUUUUGCAUCAUUUGGUUUGUGUGUUUUUAUAUUUUUUAUAAAUAAUUGAAUUUGGCUAAUUACCUUCUAAUCUUCUCUGGUUAGAAUUUUAACACUUUUAGAUGUGGAAGAAAAGUGUGUAAAGUAUUUAUUUUUAUGUGAUAUUCUUGUGACCACUUCCUCCCAACUGUCGUGUACAUAAACUUCUUUAUUUGUUGGUUCAAUAAAAUCAGAGUCUUGUGUUCUUCAUCAGAAGGACCUCAGAUGAGCGUACUGAGAUCAUUGGCCUAAAGACAGUGCGGUUGCCGAUUACCAUCUUUUUUGUGUGACAGUAUCAUGUAAAAGCUGGACUGCACAGGCCCAGUCAUCGCAAGGUUUACACUCUAAAGCGUGACAAACCCAUUUCAGAUGCAUCUUUGAAACAAAAAUAAAUCUAAAGAAUUGAGACUCCUAUUCUCUGAAGAAAGCAAAACACGUCUUUUCACACCACCAGAUAUCAAAACCUGAUACUUGGCCAAGAGCAAAAGGACUGUCUACCACUUGGAGCAAGUGUAUUCUACAUUGGGCACAAGAAUCUUUUAUCCUCAAUUUCAGAAAAAUGACAUUGGCUCUCGGAUAUGAAAUCGUCUCAUAGCUACCUAAAAAAGAUUAAAAUGUACUUGGCUAUCAGAAAACAAAUUUAAUAUAUAAAUCAUUUAUGUUGAAGGUAAGAUAAGUACCCUCGAAACUAAUGAUAAAACUUUUUUUUAAUCCCAUUUGUAAAGGAAAAAUAUACUAGGUUUUUUCAUUCGCUUUGAAUAAAACAAUUGUAAAGUAAAUAUUUGAACCUUUUUUGUUCUUGUUGUUUGUACAUGCAUUUUUGAAUGAUGAGUUAGGUCUUCUUGUACCAAACUGCUGAGUGCUUUGCUGGAUACAGAGCAGCAGUGAGGACCAGAAAGUGCCCGUGGGAGGUGAGGACCUAACAGAGAAGAGAGAGAACAUCACAGACACGGUGGAUGGUGUCAUCUAAAAGGACAGUGGGAAAAGCAACUCUUAAGUGAUGUCUUGUGAACUUUUGAAUAAAAUCCCAAUAAUGUGUUGA